GCUCUAAUAAUGGCUACAGGUGAUGGGGAGGUCUUCACCAAAUGAUAAACUUUUACUUGUUAAGGCACUGAGGGCAAGAGGUCACGUUGUUGCUGUUACUGGAGAUGGCACAAAUGAUGCCCCAGCACUGCAUGAGGCAGAUAUUGGUCUAUCAAUGGGGAUUCAGGGAACUGAAGUUGCUAAGGAGAGUUCUGAUAUUAUUAUCUUGGAUGACAAUUUUGCCUCGGUCGUGAGGGUUGUCAGGUGGGGCCGAUUGGUAUAUGCAAACAUACAAAAGUUUAUACAGUUCCAACUAACAGUCAAUGUCGCAGCUCUGAUAAUCAAUGUAGUUGCUGCCGUCAGUUCCGGAAACGUGUCGUUGAAUGCUGUUCAGGUUUGA